AUGCGCAUAACCUGGACCCCAGAGGCAGACGCAAAGCUCUUCGUAGGCUACCUGAAUCAAUGCAAGGAUGCGAAUUUCAAACCAGACCUCAAUAAACUAGCCGCGCAUAUGGGCCCUGACGUAACCGCCUGUGCAGUCAACAAGCGCAUCAUUCGCCUACGAAGGAUGGUUGCAAAAGAAGGAGGGGAUUCUGCUAAGAGUACACCUCCUACUUCGCCAUCUAAGUCAAGGACUACGCCGAAGAAGAAGGUGAAAGGGGGUGGGAUCGUGAAGACGCCAACCAAGAUUGCAAAGAGAAAUAUUAAGCGUGAGAGUGAAAUGGAGGAUGGGGAUGAGAGUGACAUGUCUGUACAGGUGGUCAUUCAUGUUAAGAAGGAGUAUAAGGAUGAGGAGGUGAAGUGA